AUGAACAUUCGGAACAUCAUCGUUGUCGGUGGCUCCUUUGUCGGACGAACCACAGCACAAGAGCUUGCACGGGUCGUACCGCCAACACACAGAGUCCUUCUCGCUGAGUCUCACAGCCAUUUCCACCAUCUUUUCACAUUCCCACGAUUUGCAAUCGUUCCAGGACAGGAGCACAAAGCAUUUAUUCCAUACAGCGGAAUUUUCAACUCAUCGCCCAACCCCACCGCUCAUGGGGUUGUUCAAGCGCGCGUUCUCUCCGUGAAACCAACUCACAUCGAGCUAGAUCGGGAGUGGAAUGGCUCAAAGCAGAUUCCAUUCGAUUAUGUCGUCCUUGCUACAGGAACACGACUCUCCAAGCCUGCAGCGAUGGAGAAUGACGACAAGCCAUCCUCAGUCGACUUUCUGCAAAAGCACCAGGCCGGCGUCAAGCAGUCGAAGUCCAUUCUCAUUGUUGGAGGCGGUGCGGUUGGUGUUCAGAUGGCCGCCGACCUUAAAGAAUUCUAUCCAGAGAAAGAAGUAACCGUUGUUCAAUCCCGCGACCGGGUGAUGCCCAAUUUCCACCCUGGUCUCAAUGACUUGAUUAAGCGACGAUUCGAUGAGCUUGGUAUUCGGCUCGUCACUGGAUCCAGAGUCACUGUUCCACCUGGUGGCUUCCCCAAUGAUGGAACCACGUUCCAAGUGCAGCUCACAAAUGGUACCACCGAGUCUACUGAAUUCGUUAUCCUGGCUACUGGACAAACGCCAAACAAUCAACUUGUCUCUGACCUGAAGCCUUCUCAACCUGAUGGAGACUCAAUUAUUAACCCUGAUAACGGAUUCAUCCGCAUUCGCCCAACCAUGCAGUUCUUAGAUGAGAAGUACUCGAACUUGUUUGCUGUGGGUGAUAUCGCGGAUACUGGUGCACAAAAGGCCGCUAGACCUGGCUCUGCGCAGGCUGCAGUUGUUGCAAAGAAUAUCAUCUCCUUGAUUGAAGGUCGCAAUGCAGAGGAUACAUUUAUUAAGGGACCUGGGGCUAUUCACUUGACUCUUGGCAUGAAACAAAAUGUGAUUUUCCGCAACCCUAACACCGCGGAAGGCCAGACUGAGCCUUGGAUCAACCUGAAGGAAGAUGGCCGGGAGGACAUGAAUGUUGAGGCUAUGUGGGAAAGACUCGGCAUCACAAUCGAGAAUCCUCGCCAAUAUCAUCUGUGA